GUACGUCAUGCAGUCCCGGGGAGAGGGCAUGUGACGAGUCCAAAGCUAGAGGAACCAUGUCGGAAGGAAACGCCGCGGGCGAGCCCAGCAAUCCUGGAGGGCCCCGACCCCUUCUCUCUGGGGGCCGGGGACUUGUGGGCCGGCGGCCCGCUCCCCCGCUUACGCCAGGCCGCCUUCCCUCCAUCCGCUCUCGGGACCUCACCCUUGGCGGUGUCAAGAAGAAAACCUUCACCCCAAAUAUCAUCAGUCGGAAGAUCAAAGAAGAGCCAAAGGAAGAAGUAACUAUGAAGAAGGAAAAGCGUGAACGGGACAGAGACCGCCAGCGUGAGGGUCAUGGACGGGGACGUGGCCGCCCAGAAGUGAUCCAGUCCCAUUCCAUCUUUGAGCAGGGUCCAGCAGAAAUGAUGAAAAAAAAAGGGAACUGGGAUAAGACUGUGGAUAUGUCAGACAUGGGGCCUUCUCAUAUCAUCAACAUCAAAAAAGAGAAGAGAGAAACAGAUGAAGAAACCAAGCAGAUCUUGCGCAUGCUGGAGAAGGAUGAUUUCAUCGAUGACCCAGGGCUAAAGAAUGACACACGGAACAUGCCAGUACAACUGCCACUGGCUCAUUCAGGGUGGCUUUUCAAGGAGGAGAGUGAAGAGCCAGACGUUAAGCCUUUUUCUGCUGGCCCCAAGGAAGAAGACAUGGAGGUGGAUGUGCCAGCUGUAAAAGUGAAAGAGGAGCCACGGGAUGAGGAAGAGGAGGCGAAAGUGAAAGCCCCUCCAAGAGCAGCCAGGAAGACCCCUGGUCUUCCAAAGGACGUGUCUGUGGCAGAGCUGCUGAGGGAGUUGAGCCUCACGAAGGAGGAGGAGCUGCUGUUCCUUCAGCUGCCUGAUACCCUCCCUGGGCAGCCGCCUACUCAGGACAUCAAGCCUGUCAAGACAGAGGUGCAGGGCGAGGAUGGACAGAUGGUAGUCAUAAAGCAAGAAAAGGACCGGGAAACCAGGCUAGCAGAGAAUGCUUGUACCUUGGCUGACCUGACAGAGGGUCAAGUGGGCAAGCUACUCAUCCGCAAAUCAGGGAAGGUGCAGCUUCUCCUGGGCAAGGUGACUCUGGAUGUGACCAUGGGAACAACCUGUUCUUUCCUGCAGGAACUGGUGUCUGUGGGCCUUGGGGACAGCAGGACAGGGGAGAUGACAGUCCUAGGACAUGUGAAGCACAAACUUGUAUGUUCUCCUGAUUUUGAAUCUCUCUUGGAUCACAAACACCGGUGAAAUGGACAGAUGGAGGAGGAUGGUGACUGCCCAUGACCGCUGCCUACUCCAGACCUUUGUUCUCAAAGACAUGCAGCCCAGUUGGGGCCUCUUUAACCCACUUGUUGCAGCUUUUGGUGGCUAUAGUCCCAGUCCCCCCAACCCCCACACUAGGGCCCAUGCUGCCCCCCGCCCCCCCAGCAGCUAUGAGUGGGAAUUGACACAGCAUGAGUAUGGAAACGUCCUCACUUCUGGGAACCUGACCCUGCUAUUUAUUUUAUUUAUGUCUUAAUCCUCAACUGACUGCAUCCUCGCAGAGCAGGAUGGGGCAGGCUUCUUUUUGGGGAGCCAUGGGCUACAGGGCUCAAGGGGGUAGGAAAGAACCGGGAUAGGAUAGAACUGCCGGAGACUUAAAACUCAGUCUCAGCUCACUGGUCUCUAGUUCAGUGUCCCUGAACAAACUACCUAACCUUUCUGAGCCUCGUAGUCCUCACCUGACAUGUGAGGAUAAUACCUACCUCACAGGGUUGGGGUGAGGAUCAAACGGAAUGUUGUAGAUGAGAACUCCUUGCACAAGACCAGGCAUACAUUGUAUAAGGGUGUGUAUGUAUGUAUACACAUAUAUACACAUACCCAUAGGCGCUCAAUAAAUGUUAGUUUUCCUUUC